AUGGUUGGGUCCUACUCUUCACAUGGCGAUGCAGGUGGAACUUUACACUGUCCGUCGCCAACUCACAUACACCAUGUCGACCCAGCUUCAGCUUUCAGACAAUUACGGCGCUCUCUCUCUAGAUCACCAUCCAAAGGUCCUGCGUUUCGUCUAGUUACGUCAAAGUCAACAUCCCCGUCACCUAGCUCUCCGCUUUCGCACUCGCGAGAACCACCUCCAAAUCGAUCGAUAUCGGCAAGCAUGCUCUCGCCUACACAUGUCUCAUCUCCAUCUUUGCUGGCAUUUCCUUACCCCUACAGUGCACGGAAGAUCAGACCUGCCACUCGAAAACUGAGUCCUAUGCGCAAUCCUUCACGCUCCAAUAGCAUCCAGCGCAGUCCAAGAAAGAGAACACUGAGCGAGUCAAGAAAUCCUGGAAACGCCACACCACAGUCAUCCGCCGAAUCAAGUGACGAUCAGGAGAACAGAAAUGAGCGAAGCGUAAGUCCUGCCGAAGAUUCGAUGCCAGACGUAAUAUACAAGGCGAAUGCGCCUCCACCAGGUAGCAGUCCGUUUGCGCCCGCUCGUGCAACUAGGAACUUUGAGAAAGGCAACAGCUGGGGCGCAAAAUCCAGUCCGCUGAAGAGAAGUGAUGGAAUUAUGAACUUGGAUCAAGGGAACCCGGGAAGCCCGUCAAGAAAGAGGAGAAGUUUGCACGGAGGCAUGUUUAAUACGGACUUCAACAUUUUCGAUCAUGAAGCUGCGUUCGAGGAACAUGACGAACCGUCCCCGACCGAAUCGACAAUGAGCAUGGACUCAAGUGCUCCAGUUGACCACUUGUCAGCGGUGCCCAAGCGGACAUCAUCGCUGCGGAGAACAACUUUGCAGCAAAGACAUGACAAGCCAUUAUUUGCAAGGUCGAAGCCUAACACUGAUCUUGCUCUUGAAUUUGCUACGCCAGGGCAUGCCUCACAGAAAAGUAGGCUUCGAAUGUCGCUUGACAGCGUCUUGCCCUCUAUGGCCCGGGAUAGCCCAUUUUCUUCGCAAGGCUGUCUACCUAAUGCUUCUGCACAUCCCAUGUCUCAGCAUGGCUCGAAGCAGACUGGGUCCAGCCAAACAUCGCAACCCCAACGUCAUCCUCUGUCACGGACAUUGUCUCAGUCUACUUCGAAUUCGAGCAUGGCAGAAGACUCGCCCACGCACAUUCCAAUCCGGCAGCCUGAGCAGCGACGAACGUUUGUCGACUUUUCAAAGUCGCUCCCGGUAGGCGCUGCACGGCCCAGUUCUCGCGACGGAGAGUUAUCAAGCCAGGUUUCUUCAGGAACUUCUUUUGCAACGCCCGAAAAUUACAAGUUGGUCAAACCACUACCCGCAGCGUUCAUGUCAACCGGACUUAUCUCGAAGCGUCAUAAGAAUGUAGAAGACACGCAAGCUGGGUUCGGUGCGAGCAAAAAUUCCAUGCCGGACACGCCUUGCAAACGCCACAGCCUUGCGGAGAUACCAUCCCCAUCAGCGCCGCGCGAAAAUACCUUUGCAAAAGCUCAUCAUACCAGACAUUCCUUCGGCACACCAUCGACGCCAUUCAACCCGCACACCACACGCCUAGCGCCUGAGACUUUCGGGAAAGGUGUCAGUAUAUUUGGCAGCAAUAUGGGCGGCAGCCUUCGACGGACCUCCAGCUUUCUCAAUACCGACAUUGAAGAAUUGCAAUCACCGCCUAGGCAAGACGAUAGUCAGUCCAGCGCUGAAUGCGACAUUCCCCCAACUCCAACGAAGCAAGCCGGCAUUUCGGGUAGCGCCCAUCAGACAACAUUUGGAGGAAGCGCAACGCGCAAGGACUUUGCUAGUCCUGGGUUUGGUGCCUCUGUUGGUGCGGAGACCCAGUCUUUCCAGCAUGAGCAAGAUUGUAAGUUGAUUCCAUUUGGGACACCAUCAGGAAGUGUGGAUGGAGACAGUGACGGCUUGAUGGACGAUUCUCCAUCAACCGCCCUGAGAUUCAGAAACUUUUCCUCGAUGACCCGCUCUUUCACCCAUUCCCGUCUAUUACGGAAUGUGAAGUCACCGACUCCGCUCCGCAAGACAUCUUCCCUUGCGCUCGAUUUUCUGUCAAGCAGAUCAAAAGCUAAACCAAGUCCCCUAUCUCCAGCCAGCCCUCUAAACGACCGAAUGCAACACUUAUCCCCUCAUACGCCAAAAGGGAGCAUGAUCCCGCCUGACCCAAGUGGCCUGUCGAUAUCUGCGCAUGCAAAUGAGCAGCUGCGGCCCAUGACUGCUUCGGCGAGCAGCGCGUCGAUGUAUCCUCCUGCGACCCCAACUGCUCCUAGGGACUCUUUCGCAUCGUUCAAAAAAUCGACCUCUAGCAUGACGCCUCCUCAUGGCUCAGUUGCGGUCGAGAUCGACCCCGUUCUGACUUCUCGUUUCGACAAAGUAGAUCUGAUCGGCACGGGCGAAUUCUCUCAAGUAUAUCGUGUAACGCAAAAGCAGGAACUCAAGGGUUCCCAAAGCUACUUCUCAAUCCCCCAGGCACGGACUUCACCCAGGACACCGUUGCCAGAUCGAGUCUGGGCCGUUAAAAAGUCUCGCAAUGCAUAUAUAGGGCCGAAAGACCGACAGCGAAAGCUUCAAGAAGUCAACACACUGAAAGCGCUUGGACAUUCGGAUCAUACCGUACAGCUUUUCGAUAGCUGGGAGGACAAAAACCACCUGUAUAUCCAAACGGAGUUCUGCGAAGAGGGUAGCUUGGACUCAUUCCUUGAUCAAGUAGGACGCAAAGCUCGACUUGACGACUUCAGGAUCUGGAAGAUCCUGCUCGAACUAUCGCGUGGUCUCAAGCAUAUCCAUGAUUCGGGCUUCAUCCACUUAGACCUCAAACCAGCUAAUGUCUUGAUCACUUUUGAAGGCGUCUUAAAGAUCGCUGAUUUUGGCAUGGCAACUCGGUGGCCAGCUCAGCCAGGCAUAGAUGGAGAAGGCGAUCGAGAGUAUAUUGGACCCGAGAUACUCAGGGGGCAUUUUGAUAAGCCAGGAGAUGUCUUCGCCCUAGGACUCAUCAUGCUUGAGAUAGCAGGAAAUGUAAUGCUACCGGACAAUGGAGCGUCGUGGCAACGACUGAGAACAGGUGACAUGAGCGACGUUCCAAGCCUGACAUGGAGCUCAGGGACCAGCAGUGUCCUUCGGGACUCCUUGGGGAAGCCUCUUUCCCAAGACGCAUCGGUCGAAGACUUCUAUGGAUCGGACUCAGGAGAAGACGAUUUCGGUUCUCCGAAAUUCUUGCGCGGCCGACGUGAAAAGGAAAUGAAGAACGGCCCGUUCAAGCUCCAUCGAUCCGGUGAACUUGCUCACCCGCCAGCCUUCAUGAUCGACUCCAAAGACCCAGAAGCUCUUGACAAUAUUGUCCGCUGGAUGAUUUCACCCGAAACCAUCAAUCGGCCAGUCGUGGAUCAGGUCCUUGGAACGAUAGGCGUUCAAUGGGCUGAGUCCAGGAGACGAGCAGGUGCUACGAUAUUUGAAGGCAAUUGGGGGCCCGCAGACGAAGUGCUUGCGGAUGACGCGGAAAUGAUUGACGUGUAG